AAACAGACACACAAGGAGAGGGGUUUCAUUCUCAGCCCAAAGCUUCGCUCAGGCACAGCCCAUUCCGGAGGAGAGGGGACGCACUGCUCCGCGCUCCGCCGUGUCCACGUUGUUGUCAUCUCCGCCCCGCGUCUGACUCAAAGCACCUUUCGCGGUUCCUCCACAGAAGAGGAGAGAAGAAGGAUUUUUUUCUGUUUGUUUUGGUUCGGCCUGCAGUUUCCACGCACACACGGACCCGUGAGGACUUGAGCUGCUGCUGCUGCUGCUUUUUCCUUCUCCUUCUUCUUCAUAAUCACCAUGUCCUUUAAACACAAACUGUGACCCGUUUCGAGCCAACGUUGCCGCGAAUGGUGCGCUCUCGUAUGCAUGCACACGCAUGGGUCACGCUCCGCACCUGACAGUCUUUCAUCCGCACACUUCUGAGUCCACACUUGAGAACAGGAGGGAAACUUAGACAUCGCACCUGCAAAGAAGUUCUUCCGCGCUGCUGCUGCUGCUGCGGACUCUCCGCACCAGGACUUGUUUUACUCCAAAAUCUAAGUCCUUGUUUUCGUUUUUUUUUUUUUUACUCCUAUAAAGCUGCACCACAAAGGCGAAACGGCGACCUCAGUCGAUUACCUUUCUUUCCUUUGCUAUCCCAUGGAUAUUCACUGCAAAGCAGACCCCUUCUCGGCGAUGCACCUGUCCCACGCAGGGCACGGCGGUGUGAACCAGCUCGGCGGGGUGUUCGUCAACGGCAGACCGCUCCCGGACGUGGUUCGGCAGCGGAUCGUGGAGCUGGCGCACCAGGGCGUCCGGCCCUGCGACAUCUCCAGACAGCUACGGGUCAGUCACGGCUGUGUCAGCAAAAUCCUCGGCAGGUACUAUGAAACCGGCAGUAUUAAACCCGGAGUCAUUGGUGGCUCCAAACCAAAGGUUGCAACUCCGAAGGUGGUGGACAAAAUAGCCGACUACAAGCGCCAGAAUCCAACCAUGUUCGCGUGGGAGAUUAGGGACCGACUACUGGCUGAGGGCGUCUGCGACAACGACACCGUCCCCAGCGUCUCAUCCAUCAACAGGAUUAUCCGCACCAAAGUCCAGCAGCAGUUCCACCCGUCCCCAGACGGAUCUGUCACGCCGCUCUCCACGCCGGGCCACACCAUAGUGCCCAGCACAGCCUCCCCCCCUGUGACCAGCGCCUCCAACAAUCCCGUAGGAUCCUACUCCAUCAACGGCAUUCUGGGUAUCCCCCGCUCCAACGGCGAGAAGAGGAAACGAGACGAUGUUCACUGGAGUGGCAACCACUUGGAUGGGAGGAAAAUAGGACACUAUGGCUCUGAUGGCUCAGGCCCCGGCAGCGACUCUCAGGGCAGUGUGGAGAGUUUAAGGAAACAUCUGCGAGCGGACGCCUUCACCCAGCAGCAGCUGGAGGCCCUGGACCGUGUGUUUGAACGUCCUUCUUAUCCUGAUGUCUUCCCCACUUCAGAACACAUCAAACCGGAACAGGCAAAUGAAUACUCCCUCCCAUCCCUGAACACCGGCCUGGAAGACGUGAAGCCGAGCCUCUCCACCAGCGCCAGCUCCGACCUUGCUUCCAGUGUGUCCCAGAGCUACUCUGUUGUGACAGAGUCUCACCCAUCUUAUCCACCUUCCAUGUGUGUAAAGCGGGAGCCUCAUGAGGCGUCUUUUGCCCCCUUCACCCCCUCCUCUGUUGGGGACUCUGCUCUAGCUGACAUCUUGUCCCGCCAGUCCAGCCUCUCUGUAGAUGCCUCUACUCCCAGCUACCCUGCUCAUGCCAAUGGCCCCUGCUACAGCCAGUAUGCCAGCCAGCCCUUUAUAGCAGGUCGAGACAUGGCCAGCACCACUUUACCUGGAUAUCCACCUCACGUUCCCCCAACAGGACAAGGCAGCUACCCCACCUCCACACUCGCUGGUAUGGUCCCUGGAGGGGACUUUUCCGGGAACCCUUACUCUCAUCCACAAUACACCACUUACAACGAAGCCUGGCGGUUCAGCAAUCCAGCGUUAUUAAGUUCCCCUUAUUAUUAUAGUGCCGCGUCCCGUGGCUCCGCACCUCCCACUGCUGCCGCUGCCUAUGAUCGCCACUAGUUACUAUGGAGAGCAGCUCAAACUGCAGGGCGAGGGCUUCGGCCUCCAUAUUGUCCCCGUCUGAGAAACACUGAGGUCAAAGGGAAAGCGAGGUGGAAUCCUAAAGGAAGCCCUGUGAUGUUAUGUGAUGUGGAGGAAGGAAGGAAGGAAGGAAGGAAGGAAGGAGGAAAGAAGGAAGGAAGGAUCAGCAAGGCUGAUGGCGGUGCAUCUAGCCCAACUUCAGCGCUUCACACUUUGGGCCAAAAAAAAGGGCCCGUGUGGCGUUUAGAACUUACCCAUCACGCCCUCAAUCUCUCUCUAUCUCUCUCUCUCACACACACACACACACACACACAGACCUGAAUAUUUCCAGAAUGACUUUAAGAGAUUAUAUAAAUAUAUAUAUUAUAAAGUAUAAAUUGAAGAAAAACCGUGUGAAGAAUACCAUGUGGAAAAAAUUGUUGUGUUUUUUUUUUUUUGUUUCUUCGUUGCUGUUGUUGUUGUUAUUUUAUUCAUGGAUCCUCACAUUCCUUUUACGUAACGAACUGCAGUGUUUUUCUGCUCGUAAAAAGAGAAGUCCAAGGGAGUUCGACGAUGGUCCCCCAUAGCUUGACGAUGCAGCGGCCUGAGCCAGUGUUGUGGGGCCCCUCUGACACUUACCGAGAUCCUGGCUCCACGAUGUAGGGCGGGCUUUACUCUGGUGCUUCGACGACAUCUUCUGCUCCCAUUUCUGUCCGACACACACAGCAUGUCCCUAUAACGUUUACUGACCCUGUACAGACCACUGGCGACAUCCCACUCCCUGUGGCAAACAAUCAGAUGUAAAAAUGUAAAUCAUUUUUUUCCGAAGUAUUAAAAAAGAAAAAAAAAAAAAAAAAAAAAUGCAGAGAAUGUGGACUCAGAAAAUGGUCUAGCCAGAAUUUUGAAUACUUUAAAUUAUUUUUUUCCUGUCACUACUAAUUUUUAAUGUAAAGACAACAAAAAAAAAUAUGGUAUCAAAGAUUUUGCAGAACUGCUGUCACACUGUUUCCUCUCAUCUCCCGUCACGUCCAUGUCCAUGCAUCUCGCUUUUUUUGCACUAUCGCCUCAGCUUAUCUGAUUUAUUUGGUGCGUUCACAUACAAAUUAAGUCGAAGCAGAACUGUUAAAUAUUUGGGUGUAAAGCAAACAAAGCAGAACAACAUCUUUAUCAUUUUCCUUGGUUAUAUUCCAUUCAGCUGCUUGGUCAUACCAAUAGAUGCCUACACUGAUUAGAAAGCUGUACGCAGUUGAGCGAGCCAAUUUGUAAAUGAGCUUCAACAAUUGCCUUACAACCCUGUGUUUCCAAGUUAAAGUCACGCCUAUUCAAAGAGAUCAGCUGCCUUUUUCCGAAUCACAUCCACGGCUCAACGCUCCACACGGACUGGAAGAAAACACUGAUUCAGUUUUGCUUUUUUUGGGAAAAAAUAUUUUGUGAAUGUACUUUUAACUACAUUUGCCAAAGACUUAGUUUGAUAUUUAAUAUUUUAUUUACAGUAUAUGUAUGCAUAAGUAAAACAGUAUUAUCUCUUUUUGUUUGAGUACGUAGUCAACACUGAACAUGUAUGCUGUGACUAUUCAACAAACCACACAAAUGAGGUUGAAAAUUCAGUGAGUCAAUAUUCCAACGGCUGCAACUCAAAUGCUGCUUUGUAGAAUGAUUUGUGAAUAAUGUGAAGACAAUUCUUCUCUGUAAAUAAUAUCACACACACACUCACACCAUCGCAGUAUCAUUCCAAUGUACUGGCUCCCUUUGUAGAUAUACAAACAGGAAAAAAAAAAAAACGUGCAUUACAUUAUGUGUCCUAAUGUAAUGUUGUGCUCUGAUGAAGUGCGCAGCUAUUAUCGCACCUCACAGGUUUUCAGCAGCUAACAUCCCAUACACUAGACUUUGUCUUUGUCAUUUAACUUUUAUUUUUCAUGAUGUUGUCAUGAUGAUGUUUUAUGUCACUAUGCAAUGAGUUAAAUGGCUUUCUGUGUCAUCUUUUGUUGUCGGGCUCUGAAACAAGUAACCCCCCCCCCCCCACCCGUGAAAAACAGCAUAAAAGUGAAGAAGUUCAAAGACCUUCAGUGUGAAAUGGUUUUUACUUUUUUUUGUUUUUGUCCCCCCCCCCCAAAAAAAAAAUCAUCAAGACAAGAUCAAACUGAAGUCCUUGGCAACAAUCAAAGAUAUCGUUCCUGUCUGUGUUCGUAGAUGUCGUGAUCAUUUUGUUAAUUCAGAUCAUCUGUGCCUCCAUGUACAGAAACCCGUCCAUUUCCCCGUCUUUCCACUGUUUUCCUCGCCUCUUCCUCUCUCUCUCGCUCAGCCCAACAAACAAUGCAUCUCUUUAGCAUAAAAGCAUCCAAGGGGGAAGUUUAAUUCAACACAAGAAAAAAAAACCUACAUAAUCUGGUGCCAGGGGUGACUGUCAUUUCUGAGGGAACCAGAUAACAGAGAAAAACAGACUGCAGCCCGGCUCUGCACGAGAAGAUUUCCUCCACAAAUUGCACAUGGGAUUUGCCUAUUUCUGUCUGCGUGUAGCUCGACAUAUCCGGAGAUGAAACACUGGCACAGAGUGCAGGCCACGUCAUUCAGCUAAGUCAUUGCUUUAGGAAGCGGAGCACCUCUGAGGGAAUGGCUCUUCUGCUGUAGUAAAGAUGAUACAGGAGAUGUGUCAUGGACAUAAAAAGGAUUUCUGAUGAAAAUCUAUACAGAAAGCCUUGUGGCCUCAAUCAUUGUUCUGUUUCAGUUCUGUUCCAAUUCUUUUUGUGCACAUGAGAAAUAAAUUCUUUUAUAUGUCA